GAGAGACUUAUAGAUACCUUCGAGCCUUAUCAUCCAUAGGGCUUCGAUGGAGAUAGCUGCUUCGGGAAUGGCUUUAUAUGUUAGUUCGACUAGCCGUUAGCGGUCCAUAGAAUAGUGGGGCCUCGUGCGCUCCCAUAUCUAUAGAGGGGGUCUUCAUGCGCAUAACCUGUAGUCCCACAGCCUCCACCCACCCCUAGGGCGAGCGCUAACAUGCUCCCUCAAAUCCCGAUGAACCACCCCGUGAUUUCAUAAAGGGCCGGGUGUGCAUGCAUGGGGGCCCCUACUAUUCUAAGGGUAGUGGUGGGGGGGAAUUAUAGACAUAGAUGUUGAUCCGGUUGUUUCACUAGUUUCAUAUCUCGCAUUUGAUCCGGUUGAUCCAGCCCUACUCUUCUAAAGGGAACCAGUCCCAUAGCGAGAUCCAUACCCAUAGCCACCUUCUGGUGAUCCAGGUUCUCACUUUCGAGAUCUAGACCCAUAGCCAGCAUAUCUAGUAGCAGAGACAGGGAUAGAGGCAGAACCAGUAGUUUCAGUUCCUGAUCGAUACCCAGUCCUUUCUAUAGAUCCAUCACCUUUUGCAGCAUCACAACCAGCAGCUGAGGUAGCCUAUAUCGCAAAGGCAAAGCCCGUUGAUCCAGUGCUUGAUCAAGCUGUUGAUCCAGCCCUCUGGGGAUGCACCCGUCGAAAGAGAAGCAUGGGUAGCACCAGCAGCAACAGCAUCGUAUAUAGUAUCUGAUCCAACAGCAGCUGUAGCACCAGUAGCAGUAGCAGUUCCAAAGCCAUAUCCCGUAGCUUCCCUUAGCACGGUUCCACCAACAGCACGAGAUCCAGCACCUAUAACAGAACCUAUAGACCCAGGUGACCCAGUUCCAGAUCCUGUUCUAUAUCAAGAGCCGGAUCCAGCUUAUCCACUACCAUCUAGAACAGCAGCAGAGACAGUAGCAUACGCAGAGUUCCUAGUUCCAGGUCCAUCCAUUGAAGCACCAAUAAUAGCACUUGUUUCAGCACCACCCGCCAACAUAGAGAAGAGAGGGCGUGCCUGUAGCUUACCCAGUAGAAGACCCAGCAGCAUAGUUCAUCGGGAGUAUAAGUAGCUAGAGAAGCAGCUUUAAUAAGUUGAUCCAGCUUGGGCGAUGAUUCUGAUCUUGAUCCGGGGGUAGGGCAUGAAUGUUACGUAUAGAAUCUCGAGCUCCGGGGUCUUCACGCAUAUGUAUCAACUCUUCUUUUGGAACCAUAGCUGCAAGAAGUCAUCAGUUCAAAGCUCGCCUUCCUUCUCGACUAACGUGGCGCCGCCCCUAACUUUUGAGAACCAACUCCUAGUUCCCCGUUCCCGAAAUGUUGAUUAAUUGUAUUGAUGAUUUGGGAAUUUGUUCAUUCCGGGGGCACCCGACAUGGCAUUUCCACGAUUGCAUAACAUUCCCUCCCGGUCGUCGCCGCCUUCGCCGUCGCCAUUCCCAGCCUUGGUAGAAGUGGGUAGCGGCACUGGGUGGACGGUCUAUCCGCUUGAGCAUCAAUCUAUUGUGCGGGAAGGGAGUUAGCCGGUUACAGUACUUCCGGUGUCGGCCUUCCUUGCUAGAUUUUAUUGCCUUGUAUUUUUUUGAAACUAUUAGAACAGAACACGGAACUCACUACUCCAUCAGAAAACAAAAUGACCAACUAUAGGACCGAUCUAAAGGUUGAUGAGAUCGGUCGAGUGGUCUCAGUCGGAGAUGGGAUUGCACGUGUCUAUGGAUUGAACGAGAUUCAAGCUGGGGAAAUGGUCGAAUUUGCCAGCGGUGUGAAAGGAAUAGCGUUGAAUCUUGAGAAUGAGAUAUUUAUCCUCCCUACCCCAUUGAAUUUUGUCCUCCUAUUUAUCCUCCCUACCCCAUUGAAUUUUGUCCUCCUAUUUAUCCUCCCUACCCCAUUGAAUUUUGUCCUACUAUUUCUCCCUACCCCUCUAUCACUUUCUCCUCGUCAAAAACGAAGGAGAGAGGAGAGCCCCCCGCCCGCAGUGGAUCAAGCCGAGGAAGGGCCUUUAGAAGAGCCCACCCCUGAACCCGAGGAGGGGCCCGCCGAUGAGGAAUAUCAGGCUGAAGGCGAGGAAGAAACCGAUGGGGAAGAGGCUGACGACACCGAGGAAGCCCAACCCAGAGGGUCCUCGCCCGACACCUCCGAUUACGAGCGUGAAUCGGGGUGGGAUAACUUGACUCCCGAGCAACGAAGCAUCCUUAGGCGGGGGGAUAAGAGAAAUAGGGCAUUCUUGACCUUUGAUCCCUCGAGUCCUUCCUCAUCCUCUGAGGGAUCAAAUCGCGGCGAAUUCUUGACCUUUGAUCCCCCGAGUGCUUCCUCAUCCUCUGAGGGAGAGAACUCGGAGGGUACUGGGGGGGGCUCCUGGGGUGAUGACGAGUGGGAAUAACUUUAUCUUUACGAUAAGGGAAAGGGGGGGGGCAGGUUAUAGUUAGGGGGGAGGGA